AUGAGCCGUGGACCUCUUAUUCUCAUCACCGGCGGUACUGGUUUCAUCGGAAAUCACACUGUCGCCCAAUUCCUCUCCAACGGCUACCGCGUACGGGCUACGGCACGAAACCAGUCCAGCUGCAACCGUCUCGCCGAUAUCCAUAAAAACCACAAAGAUUCUCUUGAAACACAAAUCGUUCCCGAUAUAACACUACCCGGUGCCUUUGAUGAGGCUGUCAAGGGUGUCGAUGGCGUCGUCCACAUGGCGUCGCCGUUCACAUACAAGAUCACUGACAACGAGACGGAUUUGAUCAUCCCUGCUAUUCGAGGCACGCAGGGCAUUCUCAAGAGUACAGCAGCAUUUGCUCCCCAGGUCAAGCGUGUUGUCCUGACUUCGUCGUUUGCUGCUAUUGCCGAUUUUGCAAAGGGACCAAGACCUGGCCACGUUUAUGAUGAGUCCCAAUGGAACCCCAUGUCCUACCAAGACGCCAAAGACGACAAGCGUGGAUUGGCCUAUGCUGGUAGCAAGAAACUGGCGGAAGAGGCGGCGUGGGACUUUAUCAAGUCCACCCCAGUCAACUUCUCCCUGUCCACCAUUAACCCGACCAUGGUGUACGGCCCACUACUGGCUGGAUCUAGCGACUUGAAGCAUCUAGGACAAUCUCCAUCCGAAAUAUAUGCUCUUAUGAAUGGAUCUCUGAUUGAGGUCCCUUCUACACCGCUACCUGCCUAUGUUGAUGUCCGCGAUGUUGCUAAAGCUCACAGACUCGCGUUCGAGACAGAACAGCCAGGUCGAUUCUUAAUGUCUGGAGGAUCGUUUUCAAAGCAGCAAGUUUGCGAUUUACUACGCGAAAAGCUGCCCAAUAUCAAGGACAAGAUACCCGUGGGAGUCCCAGGUGCGGUCGCUGGUGAUCACUACACGGUUGACACGACCAGGGCCAAGAAUGUGUUGGGAUUGGAAUUUUUGCCGUUUGUUCUACUUUUCUGGAUACGGCCAAGUCUUUCUUGGAUUUGGAGAACGCUGAGAAUCAGUCCAAAGUUUGAAUAG